AUGAUUGACAAACCAGAUCUGGAAGGCAUCCCUCCGCUACCAGCUCAUAGUGAUUCUUGGCCUCUGGGACUCGUAACUUCUCCGAUGUACUGGUCUUCGUCUGAGCUUGUGCAGCGUCUUGGUAUGGAUCACGCUGCGUCCACCCCGAUGCUUGAGGAUACGUUCCUAGCGAAGGCUUUCGCGGGAGCCAUGCACCCGACGCGCAUCAUUCCCUUCUACUACAGAGCAACGGGGAAGAUCGAGGAAGAAGACGUGACAAUCACCACGCUCGUAACAAGCAACAGAUUCAAAGUCUUCCGACAGCUCGUGGAACGAUACCAAGGCCCAAUCUCUGUCACCAUCCACAUUCCGUUCCCCUCUCAGGCCUCGCUCUCCUCUCUGCCGGCUACCCAUCCUUCCGUGAAGGCACUCCAGAGCUUGCAUGCACUGUACACGUCCUCGCCGCACUUCGCGACAUAUGUUGACGUCCACCUUGCCCUCUCACCUUUCGCUGCCCCCGCCUCCACCUCACGUGGUAAAAACAGAGAUGCCGACGAAGACGACGGAGAAGGUGUUAGCGCCGGAGGAAGACAGUUCAACCUGUGGCGCAACGCGGCAAGGUUGUUCGCUCGCACGGAGUUCGUGAUGAUGCUCGACGUCGACUUCGCCGUAUGUACGGAUUGGCGCAGUGCCCUGCGUGACGCGCUCUGCCGAGUUCACCCGUCGGACUCUGCGCUGCAGUCUGAAUUGGAUGCGCAGCUCGAGGCUGGCUUGAGGAUGGGUGUCAAGACAUCUCUCGGUUUCAAAGUGGAUGAAGGUCAAGAAGCGACUACUGGGAAUGCGGCCUUGAACACCUCGACUAUGGACAUAGGCAAUGUAGAACUCGUUCAGAAGCUCAGAGAAGGAAGGGCUGCGCUUGUGGUGCCUGCGUUUGAAUAUGUGAGGCAGGAGGACGGUAUGGACCAGCGCAGCUUCCCUACUGACAAGGAGACUCUGUUGCUGCUCACUCGUGCCGCUCCACCUCUCGUCGAGCCCUUCCACGCGGCUUGGGCUGCUGGGCACAACAGUACAGACUAUGCGCAGUACGACGCGCUCCCGCCGCGCUCGGGCACUGUUUACAGAGUCACAACCUAUCAGAGCGCAUAUGAACCGUACGUCAUCGUCAGUAGACGCGCUACUUGGUGUGAUGAGCGUUUCACAGGGUAUGGCGCGAACAAGGCCGCCUGUCUCUUCGAGAUGUACCUCAGCGGCGUCUCUUUCUAUGUCCUGGCCGAUCACUUCGUCAUGCACCAGAGUCACACGUACGAAGAGCAAGCAAGGAGAGAAGAGAGGAAGUACAACCGCAAGCUCUACGCGGACUUCAAAGAGGAGAUGUGUCUCCGUUACCUGCAUCGGUACGCCCUCGAAGGGACCUUGCACACCCCGCGUGGGUUCAAUGUCCAGGAGGAGUGCAAGAAGAUCAAGAACGGGAACGUCGCGCGCUUUGCAGCUCAGCUCCUCGACGUUGCUAACUGA